AUGUCUUCAUCAAUAUUAUUAUUUUCUAUGCAACAAUUAUAUCGAAUUGGUGGUCCCAUAUUAUUAUUUAUUGGUAUUACAAGUUGUAUACUAAAUUUGUUAGUACUAAGAAGAAUUAGUCUACGGAAAAGUCCAUGCACAAUGGGUUUAAUUACUGUCAAUAUUGUCAAUUUUGCCUAUUUGUUUUUCGGUUUGCUUUUUACGGUACUUAUAAUCGGUUAUAAUAGCGAUCCUAGUGCAAACAAUAUUGGUUUUUGCAGAUUUCGUAAUUAUAUGAGCUUUAUACUUGUAUGUUGUGAACCAUCUUGUCUUAUUUUGGCAUCCAUCGAUCGUGUAUUAGUUACUUCACCAAAUGCUGGAACUCGAAGACGCAGUACACGUCGAUUAAUGUUCAUAAGCAUAAUUGGUAUGUGCUUAUUUUGGUCUGUAUUUCAUAUUCAUGCAUUGAUCUUUACACAAAUUGUACAAUAUGGAACUAACUACUUUGUUUGUAUUCGUCAACCAGGUGUAUACUCUGAAUUCGUAACAUAUUAUUCACUUGUUGUUACUGGAUGUCUUCCACCUACACUCAUGGCAAUAUUUGGCUUUUGGGCGGUGAAAAAUAUUCGUCAAAUGCGUCGUGUUAGACAUAAUGCUAGUACAAUAGGUACUGGAACUGUAGUGGUUGGUGGAGCACAUACUCUGCGAUCCAAAGAUCAACAACUUAUCCGAAUAUUAAUUAUUGAUAUACUUAGUUAUAUUAUUUGUAAGUAUCCAGCUACAAUCAUGCUCAUCUAUCAACAAAUCACAAAAUACAAUAAUAAAACGGUUGAACAAGGACAAAUUGAACAAGCAAUUGUUGAACUCAUGGCCUUUCUAUAUUUUGUGGAAAAUUGUAUCGGUUGCUUCACAAAUAUGUUUGCAUCGAAGACAUUCCGUGCAGAACUAAAACGUAUUCUUUUAAAAUUCUCUCAAUUUUUUCGUUUUCAAUAA